AUGCUUUCUCAUAUCAUCAUCACUACUCUCUCAGUUCUUAUCGCCCCCAUACUGGCAAUCGCUAACCCUCGAGAAAGCUACGCAGUAGAGUCGGUCCGAAAUCUCCAAGCUUGUCUUACCAGCAAACAUGUUGCAACAAGCUUGAAUUCCUCCUCCGACUGGGCCUCACUGAUUGAUCCAUAUAAUCUUCGUCUCCAGUACACUCCUUCUGCUGUCACACUACCGAAUAGUCCCCAGCAGGUCUCCGACUCUGUCUUGUGUGCUGUGUUAGCAGGUGUGAAAGUACAGGCGAGAUCUGGAGGACAUUCAUACGGCAGUUUCUCCCUCGGGGGACAAAAUGGCAGUCUGGUAGUCGAUUUACGGAAUUUCAACAACAUCUCUCUGGACAAAUCGACUGGCGUUGUGACAGUAGGUGGGGGUGUUCGACUUGGUAAUCUCGGACUAGGAAUAUACAACCAGGGCCAGCAAGCUCUUCCUCACGGAACUUACCCUGGUGUUGGAAUUGGGGGUCACUAUACUCACGGAGGGUUUGGGUACUCGUCUCGUCGUUGGGGUCUUGCACUUGACACUAUCGUAGCCAUGGACGUCGUUUUAGCCGAUGGCCGCUUUGUGCACGUCACGCCCGUCAGUCAUCCCGACCUGUACUACGCUCUGCGAGGAGCUGCAGACAGCAUAGGUAUCAUCACAACAUUCUAUCUUCAGACGAAGCCGGCACCAGCUCGAGUUGUCAGCUACUCGUCCAAUUUCUCAUCGGCCCUGAUGUCAGCGGACGCGGCAGCUGAUGUAGUUCUCAAGCUUCAAACCUUCGUCACCACCUCUCCAUAUAUCAACCGGAAUCUCACUCUUGAGAUUUACACUAGUGUUUUCGGCGAAUUCACUGUUCGUGGGUGGUACUUCGGGGAUAUGGCCUAUUUUUCGGAUACCGUGUUUCCAGCAAUGUUGAACGGAAUGCCAACCCCCAGCAAUACCACCAUCCAAGAGAAGGCUUGGCUGACGGCGCUGGAAGAUAUUGCUGAGGGUGAGCCACUUACUGAGCCACUGGACGGUUACAACAAUCACCAAACAUUCUACACCAAGUCUGUUGUGACAAGAGAAGCUCAGCCAUUAAGCAAGGAGGCCCUAACUAGCUACUUUCGAUACAUCACCGACAAGGGGCUGACUGCAACAUUUCCUUGGGAAACGUUUAUCUCGCUUUAUGGCGGCAAAGACAGCCAGAUCAACAUCCCUGCAGCCGCUUCCGCUGCAUACUCUCAUCGCGAUUCUCUCUGGGUUUUCCAAAAUGUCGGCUCCAGUGCGAAUCGCUUGCCACCAUUCUCCCCAGAAAUCACGACUUUUGUCAAUGGACUGAACACAGCGCUUACUGCCGCUCAGCCUGACGGCAAUUUUCUCGCCUAUCCGAAUUACCUUGACCCAGCGUUGACACCUGUGGAGGCAGCGAAUCUCUAUUAUGGGCGUACCACCUACCGCAAGCUUGUAAAAAUCAAGAGUGAAGUUGACCCAAAUCAUGUUUUCUGGAAUCCACAAGCUAUUGGAAACGCAGUUCUGUAA